GAGCUACUUCCAUGUGGGCUUCCUGCUGUGGGCUGCUGAAUGAAGUCAUGGGGACGGGAGCUGUGCGUGGCCAGCAGGCUGGCUUUGGGGGAGGUGCCGGCCCCUUCAGAUUCACGCCAAAUACAGACUUCUCGGCGUAUCCAACUCCAGCUGCAGCGGGUGCUAACAUAGUUUGCAAAGCCUGUGGACUUUCCUUUUCAGUUUUUAGGAAAAAACACAUGUGUUGUGACUGCAAGAAGGAUUUUUGCUCCGUUUGUUCGGUCUUACAAGAGAAUCUCAGAAGAUGCUCCACUUGUCACUUGCUGCAAGAAACGGCCUUUCAGCGACCUCAGUUAAUGAGAUUGAAAGUAAAAGAUCUGCGCCAGUAUCUGAUUCUUAGAAACAUACCGACGGAUACUUGCAGAGAGAAAGAAGACUUGGUGGAUCUUGUGCUGUGCCAUCACGGGUUAGGGUCAGAGGACGACAUGGACGCUGGCAGCUUGCAUUCGUCACGGUCACAGACUUCGGGGUUUUUUACUCAUCCGUUUUCUAUGUCUGUAUCAAUGCCGUCUCAAGGAGAACUUGCAAACAGAAGGGGAAGCACAGGAAAUGGAACGCCUGCACGGGGACAGACGGAAACAUCUUCUAUAAAUGAAGAAGAAGAAAGUGCAGAAGAGCAGACCCCUGGGUUAUCCAGAAAGCGAGUGAGAGCAUCUUUGUCCGAUAUUUCAAGUCUGGAAGACAUUGAAGGAUUGAGCGUUCGGCAGCUGAAGGAGAUCCUUGCGUGUAAUUUUGUCAACUACUCAGGAUGCUGUGAAAAAUGGGAACUUGUGGAAAAAGUGAGCAGACUAUACCGAGAGAGUGAGGAAAACCACAAGACACAGGGCGAGAAGAUGCAGCUGAAUGACAACGACGACAACCUGUGUCGCAUCUGCAUGGACGCUGUCAUCGACUGUGUCCUGCUGGAGUGCGGCCACAUGGUCACCUGCACCAAGUGUGGCAAGAGGAUGAGCGAGUGCCCCAUCUGCCGCCAGUACGUCGUACGGGCCGUGCACGUCUUCAAGUCGUAAACUGAGACCGAAAGCGGAUUUCGAUCGUCGCCCUUCCAGGAUU